GGCGCGUGGGCGACUAGCUUAUAAAGCGGCGCGGCCCGCCCCGUCCACAUAGUCGUAUUCGAUACCCUCUAUGGUAAAGUCGUUGUGUUAAAAAUGUGCAUCGUGAUUUCUGGACUCAGGAUGUGGGUGAUUUUGUUCUGCUACUUAUUAGCACAAGCUAAAACUUAUCCUCUUCAAGACUGGCCUGUAUACUCCCAGGUUCCACGGGAAUAUCCUGAGGACGAUUACUAUUACGCACCAAAGGUUCAAUACUAUUAUGAUGCGCCAGCCAUGAAUGUACCUGAAGUUUACGGUCAAGUUCCUUACCCGUAUUUUUAUGAUCACUAUGGUCAAUUCGCUAACGAAGCACCAAAGAGGCAAGAAGAAAGGCUAGCCGCACUUCCAAUCGGGCAAGAGACGUGGUUCGAGAGCGAGCCGUCUCCCCGCUGGCGGGCUAACAACAUCGAUGACGUCAAUGCAGCUUUCCUCGAUAACUUGAUACUCACGCAAAUGGCUCAAGAUGCACAGAGACGACGCGAAAACGCCCGAGCGGCUUUCUCAAACGUUGAUUAUGAAGAAAAAGACAACGAGGACGAAGACGUCAGGGAACUGAAAGCUUUAGCCGGGAAACCGUUUUACCAUGUUCCGAAAACUGUUCCUAGAAUUGAAGAAGAUGAUUAUUCUGACGAAGACUCUGACAGCUUUAUCAACUGGAACGGGAAUAAACGAAGCGUGACCACAGCGGCACCUGAGCCAAGCACGGAGCAAACUAAAGAUGGCCAGAAAGAAGUUGUAAUGCCCCGACCGGCGCCGAUCAAACACGUUUUCGAAAGCCAUCAACCCAGCCAAGAUAAGAAGAUCUCACCUUUCUACAACACCAUCACACAGUUAUUAGAAAAACAAGGACAUGAAAGCACGAAAGGCCGAAGAAUCGAUAAGCGUUUUGUGGCUGGGGACUCCGAUCUUGUCGUCGAACUUCGAGGAUUAAAACACCGCAUCGCAACUUAAGCUAAAGCAUCUUGAUUACCGCCAACUAACAUGAGACUGAGUAUUAUUUUAGAAUAGUUAAUACUACCAGCAGCGACCUGACAAUCUAACGAGCAACAGGCGAACAAAAUCCAAAAAAAGUAGACUACUUAUUUUCUAAAUUUUUAUCUGCAUUAAUUCAUUCGUCACCUCGCCUAAAACUCAAUGUUAAUUCAUCUCAGUUUGCGAUAUGUUCUAGAAAUGAGGAAGACAGCAUACAUCAUUCUGAAGUUAUAUCUAUAGAAAAUGUUGUAAAUACGGAUUCAGUCAAUGCAGAUAACUUUUUACAAAGUAAUCGAUUUAAUACGUACAUAUAUCAGAUUCCCGAUCCUUUUCGAUUCUUUACUAGUCUUGAUAAAAUAUUAUAGUAGUUACGAAUGUCAAUGAACGUACAAAAAUGUGACUAUAAUCACGAUUUCAGAAAUGGUUGUUGUAUGUUACAGAAAGAUUAGUUCUUCAAGCGAAAGUUUAAUAAUGUUCCCUUCGUUUGGCAGCUGAUUUGUCGCACAAGUUGAUUGUGCAAUUUGUAAAUAUAUUAGAAAUUAUUCUUCUAAGAUUUAGAUAGAAAAUAUUACCUACAUGAAAUGGUUAUUUUUUGUAAACUAAUCAAUUCUUUUGUAAGUGUACUUUUUGCUAAGAUUGUUGUGUUUCAAAUGUGCAAAAAAGACUUAAUGUUUUCUUCGCAAAACUGUUAUCUAUUUACGCAUUAUGGACUUACAAAUAGGACUUUUAUAAAUGAAAAAUCGCGUCCAUUUCGGUAAGACCCCAUAUGCAUUUAUAUUGUAAGUAUACGGGCAUAGGAUGUUCAUGUGUUUGAAUGAAUGAAAUCAUUAUCUACUAAAGCAAAGCAAACAUUAAUAUUAAUUCAUGUAUUAAAAACUAAAAUGUAUUCUAUAAUCUUCUUAAUUUUCUGAAAGUAUUCUGAAUCUAAGAGUCUUAGAUUCUGUCUGUCUAACUUGACUAACUCUUGUCUGUUUAACUUGACUAAAUUCUUACUGGGUGCUAACUUUAUUUUGUUUUCUUAGCAGCAGACGUUAAUCUUUUUGCAAAGCAAAAACUAAAAAUAUAGUAUACUUUUUAACUGUAAGAAUGAAAGAUUCUCUCAGCAGAGGAUUAGGUGAUAUUUUAGCUUUACAGCUUUGUAACUAAUGUUUGUAUGACAGCAGGUCUCUGAGACCUUUGUUAAAAUUGAAUUUUUACGAAUCCCAAAUCUAUUUUAUGGAUUGUAUAAAACGUACCUAUAAAAAUCUAUUACUUUCCUAUUCCCUUAAAGUAUUUCAUAUUUCCCUAUUAAGCAUUGAGUGUAAUAAUGUCAUUAUUAUUAUAGUCCUUUUAUAAUACUUUUGAAAUAAAUAUUAUUCAUCUUAAAAGUAAAUAAAAAAAAAAUUAUCUUUCUAAAGUACAUAUCUGUUUAUAAUAAAGUCAAAUUAAGUUUCCAUAUUUAGAUAAAAUUCGAUCCAAUUCCUAAAACUAGUUUGUAAUUAUAAAAUACGAUGUUAGUGUGACCUAUAAAGUAUUACUAGAUCAUGUUAAUACCUGUUUAUCCUAAAUGUGAAAGUUACCUUUUGUUUUAGCGUUGAUUUUGAAUGACGUACAAAGUGUUAUGUUCGGUAAUAGAGUUAUUGCCCGAGACAAGGUUCUGACAAUCAAUAUCACAAAUAACGCGUUAUUCGACCCAGUCAAUAGUGAGGAAAUCUGCGGUAACAAGUAUUAGGUAUUUGUGAAAACUUCCUGAAUGCUUGAACUUUGUCUAUAAUAGAUAAUAAUCGAAACUUCGCAUGAGAAUGUAAUCUAUACAGGCCUACUUAAUGUUUAGAUGAUUAUUGCGAGAAAUUUUUUUAAGCUCAAAAUAUCACUUUACAUACACGACUAAGUAUCCGUAUAUAUUUUAUAGAGACUGUAUUAGCGUAUUUCUGUUAUUAUUUUGAACUAAAAUAAAUACGUACCAAAAAUGGAUACAUUUUGAACUAUUAGAGGACGGUUACGGCAUUGUGUCCUGCAACAAAAAAAAAACAAAAAUAUAAAAUAUAUUCAAUA